AUGGAUCGGCGCACCGCCUUUGCCGUCGCGCUGAUCGGCCUCUCCCUCGCCUCCGCCACCGCCCAGGCCCCCGUCGGCGCACCUACCACCGCCCCCGCCACGUCCGCCCCCACCACCACCCCCGCCGCCUCCCCUCCCAGCACCACGCCGACCACCCCCUCCCCAACCGCUGCUCCCACCACCCCCGCCCCUGCUGCUGCACCCACUACCCAGCGCACCAGCCCUGUCCCCUCCACGGCGCCCACCUCUGCCCCUCCGGCCACCCCGGUGACCGCCGCUCCAGUUAAGGCCCCGGCCACCGCGCCCCCCACCAAGGCCCCGCCGACUCCGUCCCCGGUAUCUCCCCCUCCGGCGCCGGUUCCAGUGAGCUCCCCCCCAACGACGCCUCCACCCACAUUGUCUCCUCCAGCGACGGUCCCGGUCGCGGCCACUCCGACGCCGGCUGCUGCCCCGCCGAAGCCCGCCGAGGUGCUGGCGCCAGCUCCGAGCAAGAGCAGGAAGAAGAAGGGCCCCGCCUCCGCCCCCUCUCCGGCCGCUCAGCGCCAGGCAGGGACGCCCGCGGCCGCUCCCGAAGCCGCCACCCCCGGACCUAGCGGCCAAGCCUCCGACGAUGCGAGUGGGGCAGAGAGAGUGAGGGAGAUGAUAGGAGGACUGACCUCGGGGCUGCUCCUUGCCACUGCUGUAUUGGUGAUCUAAACUUCUAUAUUAAUAAUGGAAUAGAAAUUCUCGAGAUAGCCGCUCUUCUCAUAUUUUGUAUCUCCUCUUAUUUUUGGUCUGGUCCCCCUAGUAGGUAUCUAUUUGUCUUGUUUCUCUUAUUGAUGGGCCCUGGUUGUAGGUGCAUACACUCACUUGUAUUCUUUUUUUGAGAUGAUUUAUUUUUAUUUUCAUGGUUUGGGUAUCUACUUUUCAAACUGCUUCAUAUGUGAUGCGAUUAGAAAUAUUGAUAAAGAAAGUUUGGCAGGGAGGUUGUAUGA